GAUAGUAGGGGUCUUGUGCCGUUGAGAAUUUAUUUGAACGUUUCUUUCCCUCUUAAGUACAAUGCGUAAAUUGUAGAUCUUGAAUGCUAGUCGCCCAAAUCGUUCGUAGUCAUUAAGUUUUGGUAGUACAAAAUGAUUUUUUCGUUGUUUCUGGUGGGCUCGAGUCUCUUGCCAGCAAUUUUGGCGAAGGCGCUGCCAUGGACACCGGCAGCUCAAACAUCUACUGCUGAUAAUCGAGCACCGGUGCAAGGAGGGUGGAGUCCUAGUCCAACAGCAGCACCGAACAAUGCUCUGAAGGUGUUGGAUCUAUUGAAACGUCAAACAACUGCGAACAACACCUGCGGAUACUACAAUGGCAUUCAAACGGAACCUUAUACUUGUUCUGGAACAGGCUACUGUGCCCAUAAUUCGUAUUCUGCUGUCGGAUGCUGUACCGGAGAUAUCAAUUCUUGCGAUAUAUUUACCGCUUGCAUUGACUACUCCUCGUCCUCAGCACUUUGUGCUCUAGCAGACGGAUUGACAGGAUGUUGCAACGAUUCCGAUUUCCCUUAUUGCGCAACUUUCCUCUGGAAUAACCCUCAAAGGAGCAUGUAUCGCUGCGUAACGUCUCCGGCAUUUUAUCUCAUGUCCGAUUACCCAAUCACUGGUACUGCUUCAACGACUGUCGCGUCUUCUGUCACUUUAUCUCGAAGUGUCGCUUCAGUAGCGAGCAGCAUUCAAAGUGGAAAUAAUGCUCAGGAUGUAAGCAGCGCUUCUCGAAGUUCAGUGAUCUCAGCAAGUGCACCUAGUUCAGUAACCUCCGCAGGUUCACGUAGCUCAGCAUCUUCGUCGUCACUAGCAACUCCAUUCGCAAGUACAACAACCAAUAAAAAAUCUGGAGUUCCCCUAGGAGCGAUUAUCGGUGGAGCUGUUGGCGGCGUGGCAGUAAUUGCGCUCUUGAUUUUUGCCAUCGUUUUCUUUGUAAGGAAGAAGAAAUCGAAUCCCCCACAACCACAGCCUCCACCUCAAGUCUCAACAACCCUCCCUCACAAUUCAUACCAAGGACCAUCGCCAAAUUCACCUCCUCCAUUCUACGACAAUCGUACCAGUAUUGCAAAACCGACUUAUCCUGUACAACACACAACUGAAUUGGCGAAUACUGUGUAUAUUUCUCCUGCUAUGCCGGAGUAUUAUCAGCCACCGAAAGAUGAUGUCUCUGUAUCACCCAAUUCCAACACACAUAGAUUUUCAAAUAGUCAAAUAUAUAGCGAUCCGGGCCAUCAAUACUCCGAGCUAGAUGCAACUGCUCCGAAUCCUUUGAAUGGAAAUAGAGUGGAGUUAGGUAGUGAGCCGGGGAAACCAAAUCAUGGAACAGAAGUCAGUCCUAUAAGAUGACGAGGACGUUCAAACUAUGAUGAUGGUUUCGAUCAAGAUUGUUCGAGAGAAGAUUUUGGUCGUUCAUCAGAUUCAUGAGAUGUUCAUGAGGAGCAUUUCAUAUAGCGUGUGGGAGGUAUCUCUUGCGAGGUGAGAUGGAAAUGGUGUAUAUGAUAAGAUAAUCCGAUUUGCUCACAUACUUUUGCGGAAGAUAAUUAACCAAUAUAGUUUAUAGAAAUUAAUGUUCAACUUGAGCCUUUUGCUAGUAUACUUUGGUGGUUCGACGUGGUUUAUUUGUGAAAACUUGCCUUGGACGGGGCUCCAGUCGUAGUAUAAGAAAAUUGAUUUAAUUUUUCACAUGAUCUGGACGACAAGAAAACAUUAAUUUGAAGCUGCAAUAACUGCAAGGUGUUGAUAUUGCAUCUUAUAGA